AAACAGCUGUUUAUUUUCUUCAUUGCCGGCGUUUCAAUAUAUUUUUAAGAAGAAUUUAUUAAUUUAUAUAGUUUAUUUAAUAUGAGCAACAUCGUGCAGUAUAUUAUUGUCCGCAGUGACUUGCGUUCUGCUCUUAGCUGGCCUAUGGGGGCGGUCAUAGCCCAGUGCUGUCAUGCCACGGCCGCCGUUAUAAACUUAAACUCAGACGAUGCGGACACCGUGGCCUACUUGAAAGAUCUGGAUAAUAUGCAUAAAGUUGUGCUGGAGGCCAAAGAUGAGGCAGCUCUGGUUAAACUCAGCGAAAAGUUAAAGGAGAACGAGAUUAAGCACAAGUUGUGGAUUGAACAACCCGAGAAUAUUCCAACCUGCAUCGCCUUGAAACCCUAUGUUAAGGACACAGUUCAUAAAUUUGUUAAAAGCUUUAAACUCUUAAAAGAGUAAUUAGUUAAGUGUUUUUGAUAAACAAGAAGGCUCGCCUUUUACUAGAUUUCCUUUACUUUUUGAUAUUAAAAAACUAUAUUUUUGAUA